AUCCCUCCUUUAGGGUUUUACAGUGAGCCCAGGAUGAGGGUGCUGCUGUCAGGAUUGAUUGGUGUUGUUUCAUGGAAGAGGCCCCUUUCACUUGUGAUAACCUUUUUCAUGCUGCUCUCUGCAGUGUGUGUAAUGCUGAAUUUAGCUGGUUCCAUUCUUUCUUGUCAGAAUGCUCAGCUAGUAAAGUCCCUGGAAGGAUGUCAGUUGAUUAAAUUUGACAGUGAUGGUGUCUGUGUUUGCUGUGAAAUGCAGCAUCAAACGUCAGGUUGCAGUAAUCUUGGAGAAAUGCUGAAACUGAACCCUCUGCAGGAAUGUAAUGUUGUGAGGCUGACCCUAAAGGACCUGUUGUUCAGUGUGUGCGCUCUCAAUAUCAUCUCCACCAUUGUCUGUGCUUUGGCAACAGCAAUGUGUUGCAUGCAGAUGGUUUCUUCUGAUCUCCUGCAAAUGUUUCUGCCACAGCGGCCACAUUCUGCCAAUGCAGACUGCAUGACUCCACAUGGGACAGUUCUGCAUCAAACUUUGGAUUUUGAUGAGUUCAUCCCACCAAUACCACCUCCACCCUACUACCCACCGGAAUAUACCUGCACACCUGUGGUAGAGGCACAGAGAAGUCUCCAUUUGGAAUUUCCUCAUUCCCCAUUCAGUGCUUUAUAUGAAGUCACCAUUAACAGCCCAGGAAUGCUGUAUCCAACUGAGCUGCCACCUCCUUAUGAGGCAGUGAUUGGAGAAACACCUGCCAGUCAGGUCACUGGUACUGAUCAGCAAGUAUCUGAAUCAAGCUUGGGUGAAAGGAAUGCGACCCUGGGCUUCAGCACACAAGUUUCUGUUGAGAGCACCUCAUUGAUGACCUCCGAAACUGCUGAAAUCCCAGACCAUAGCUGCUCCUCUGAAGAUCUUUGUUCGCUGGAAGUUCAAGGAUCUCUCCGUUCUUCAGAUUUUUCUCCCUCCUGUACAAACUGUAAAGGGGCUACAGGCCAGAGCUGCAGCAGUCUGGACUACAGCACCCGCUGCAGGUUUCACAGAACUCGCUCAGAAGGUUUUCCUGAUGAGGAUGUCAGUUUGCACAGCAGAGUCUCUAUGGACAAGUCUCAAGGACAGGAAAAUGAAAACUGUGCCCAUGGCAGAUCUUCAGACUGUUCCUCAGAGAACUUCAGCCCCACAGAAAGAGAACUGCAGAAUACUGCUCAAGAACACAGUGUCUCAUUACAUUUGAAACAAAUGAAAAUCUGCUGUGGGGUCUUUAGCCAGCCUUCUGUCCCUUCCCACACCGCUCCCUGUUUGGGGCCUGCGAAUACUUCAUAUGCAAGCAGUUCUGAGAGUACUGUCCAGCAGCAUCAUGUUACAAAACACCGCAUUUCAAGUAUUGUCCGAUCAACUAGUGAUCCUGUAUCAUGUUCGUCUAAUAUAGAAGGUGAUCAUUGUGCCUGGAGUCCUAUAUGUAGACAGCAUCAAGAUGCAGGAUCUUCAGCCACAUUAGAAACAGUUCCUGUUUCUGGUUCUCAUAUGGCUGCCUCUGCAUGUCAGCAUUCUUUGAGCAGUUUCCUACCAGCUGGAAAACAGAGGGAUACAAGGAACACUGAUCUACACUUAAAGCCAAAGGCUUUGCAAACAGUCUCAAAAGAACGACCACACUCUUUAGUGGACCUUAAGGCCUAUAAAGAUACAAAAAUUUUAGUGGCAAAAUUUUUGGAACAUUCAAACUGUAAUCUCCCUCCAGAAGUACGUCAUGUAGUGAACAGUAUACGAUCAGUAAUAAAAUCUGAUGAAAGACACAUGGAAGAAGCCAUCUUCAGUGCCAAUAUUAUAGACCAGGUAAUUACAAGUUCGCAGCUGGGUGUGAAUACCUCUAGAAAGCGACUUCAGGAAGACCUUCAUCUUCAGAGUUGUGGUGCUCUGAGCUCUCCAGUUGCCUUCUUACGCAGGUCCCAUAUCACUCGCAGUUUAGAGCGGGAAAGGCCUCACAGUUUAAUUGGAGUUUGCCAGGAGACCAUCCUUUGAUAAUAUUCACAGGUAUGUGAUUCCAGCAGAGAGAAUUAAGGAAGAAACCAGGACUGGGAGAAAUGCAAGUAGUGGAUGGCUUAAAAAGGAAGAAGUGUCUUCCUUUGGAAUUCUACUCUUUUUCCAACAGCAGGAAGAGAACACCUGUUUUUCUGAAUGUAAAUUUCAGCCCUGAAUUUUGAAAAAAAAAUAACUGAUUUAUUAGUAAACUCAUAACAAAUGUUUUCCUGACCAGAAAUGCGUAUAUUUCACUGUAGUUACAGAAAUGCUGCUGAUGCUGUCUAGCAUUUCUUCAAAACCAUUGCAAAACAGACUGGCUGUACAACUUAGAAGUUGUAUUUAUUUAAUGUACCUCAAGGUGUUUUAACUAUUAUCAGUGUUUUAAUAAAAAGUAUUUCUGGACUUUGCUUUUUCAACAA